AUGGAGACCAACCCAGCCGUCAAUUUUAAAGCACGUUUACAACGUUUAAUAGCCUACCAAGACGUUUUUGCACGUAAUAAUAUUUUAGCACAACGUAGCUGCGACCAGGAAUUUAGUGCCUUUCUUAAAUUUCACAAUGAUCUUCGUCGUAAAUAUGCAGAUUUACGAGCGUACUCCGAACAGAUGGAUCGCUACGUUGAACAAUAUCGAACUGAACUAGCGCGUAAGGAUAAAAAAAUUCAGUCACAAAGUUCGCAAAUUCUUCGUUUAACUCAACACAAUAAGCGUAGCAACGAACGUUUGAACGAAUUACAACGAUGUCUUGAUCAGAUUAAAGGUACCAUAACUGGUCAGAAUACAUUUGACCAAUUGCGCGAUAUACUUCGGGAUUCAGCUAUGUCAGAUAGUGAAACAACAACUGAUUUAUCAGAUAAGAAUUGUACUGGCGAAGAACUUGAUUUUGACAAUAUGAAUAAUUUACCCAAAGUCGUCAGUCAAUCGACAGGACUUGGUGGAGUCAAACGCAGUAGUAAUUCGGGUGAUCCAGUGGAUCUAAAACGACCAAAACACGAUGAAUCCUACCCAAUGGGUCGUAUUGUUGCAACAACCACAACUACCGUUGAUAUGAAUGAUCUAAACAAUGGACCCGUGGUUAUCACAUCAGAAAUUCAUCAUGAAGAACAUCAUCGAGCGACAACAAACAUUGCUGAUCAAUUAGGUGCCUCACCAUAUUCAAAUAUAACCGUUGGAAGACCACAAACUGAUCAAUAUGCAUCACCAAUGCGCGCACCGGCUCGUCAUUCAUUGUCUGCACAGCAACGACCCAAACAAAAAGUACGCAAACCAUCACGACAGUGGCUUGAAAAUAAAUCAGAAGAAUCAGAACUAAGUACGGACGAUAUCUUCUGGUCAAAACAUGACGAAGAUCAACAGCAACAACAAAUUCAACAAACACUCUAUCCAACAUUACCAAAAAUAACAAGUCCGCCAUCACAACAACAGAAAACAUUAACACCAUCUACACCCAUUCAACACACAGCUACUCCACCAAGUCUGAUGAAGUCAAGUCCAUCAAGUAUUGGUACAUUACGUGCACGUGCACAUAAUUUUAUUUCGCGAAACAUACUUAUUCCAGAAACAUGCUGUGUGUGUCUCAAACGUAUUCAUUUCGGUAAAUUAGCUUAUCGUUGUCAAGCAUGCAGUGCUCUGUGUCAUACGGGCUGUAAAGAAAAUUGUGCAACACUUUGUUUACCUAAUGUCAAAACACCCAGUCGUGGUGCUGUUUCCAAAUUCACUUCGCGUGAAAGCAACCAGUUACAAGUACCUGCUCUACUUGUACAUUGCGUCAAAGAAAUCGAACAACGUGGAUUACAAGAAGUGGGCAUCUAUCGAUUGAAUGUUGUGGAAGGUCAAGUCAAAGAAUUAAAAGAUCGAAUUCUUAAAUCACGCACGGGCUUAUUCGAUCUAUCUCAUUACAAUGAUAUUCAUUUAAUCUGUGGCGUAGUGAAAGAUUUUCUUCGUUCACUAUCAGAAUCUUUACUAACAAAUGCAUUAUGGAAAUCGUUUGCUAAUGUUAUCGAAGAAGAGUCCGAUUUUGUUAAACAACAGAAUUUCGAUGCUCUUAUUCAACAAUUACCCAAACCAAAUCGAGAUACAUUAGCAUUUAUGAUUCUUCAUUUACAACGCGUGGCAAUUUCACCACUUUGUCGAAUGCCAAUACUCAAUUUAAGUCGAACAAUGGGACCAGCUAUUAUUGGUUAUUCAUCGAAACAUGUAUCUGGUAUUGACAUUGUCGGUGAAACGUACAAACAAACAAAAAUUCUUGAAUUUUUUCUUAAAAUGUCAUCUGAUUAUUGGUCGAAAUUUUUGAUUGAGAAUGACAAUCCUGCACCAUCAGCUCCAGUUAAUAAACAACAAAUCAGUACACCUACAUUAACACGUCUUCAGCAUUAUCAAAAUACACCUCCGACAAAUUAUCCAGCUCCAGCUAAUACAUUCUUUUCUCCACUUUAA